GAGCCAAAUUUUGAAUUGUUCAGAUAGUUUGUGCCGAUUUUUCCUGUUGAAAAACGACAAAUAAAAUAUUCUAAAUUUACGUGUGCUUUUCACACAAGAAAAAAAUAAAUCCGUUUUAUAAAUUUCAGCGUCGGGGUGCUUUUUAUAGUGACUGAAAACCACAAAAUGACAGAUCUUUUGUAAACUGGAUGGGUGAGAAAUUUCUACCUGAAGCGCAUUGUAUGUCUUAGCAUUCAUUUACAACGUGCGGUUGGACGGUAUAAUACCGCAGGAUAAUGCCUGGAGCAACAUCCUGCGGCGCUUAUUUUUUCCCUGCUCCAAUCUGUUUUUCUUCUUUUUUUUCUGGACAACCCUUAUAGUUUUCCAUACUCCGUAAGGCGGCGUUACGGUGUUUCAUGUUCAGCAUGGCAGUUUGGAGCGUUUGGGCUCCUCUUCUUUCCUUCUCCCCCUGGUCAUCGCUCACGGCGUCGAUUAGAACGUAUCUCAGGCUCGCAGUUCGGAAGAGGGUUUCAAAAAAGGAGUGAAAUCGCGUCUUGUCGGCGUACGGGAAUCGAGAACGGGGAUCUCCGCGAUCGGCGCACGGUGCAGAGCGAUUGUUACGAUGAGGAAAGAGUGAGAUAUGCGCCCGAGACGAGCGGCAAGGUCGCGACGGAUCGACGCGAGUCGCCGUGACACUUCCUCUUGACGUUUCUCCCUCAUCGCGCGCUUUUCCAUUAUCCCGGCGAGCGAGGGCGAACCUAGUGCGACGACGUCACCGGCGAUGCCGAUUCCUGAGCGCUGCUGCGACGCGACGAUUCCCGACCGCUGCUGCUCGCGGCGACGUCGUGAUUGCGGCGCGACGCGGUGAUACGGCGAUCUACGGCCGAAGAUCGCGCGCGAUUCCUCUCGUCUCCACGAAUGAUCGUCGUCGGCGACGUUUUCGCGAGUGGAGCGAUCUGUCUCUCGGUGGAUCACGGCACUUAUGCGCGUCGAUGCCCUCGCCGGAUCGUUCCUGAGAGUCCCACAGGUGAGAGCUGUAGACACAUGAAAUGGGUAGCGCUUGGUGGCAGUGCGCCGCGUGUCUGAGAACCCAGGAAGAAGACAUCUGCGAGCUGCAGCUGAAUCACUGUAAUCUCUAUGAUGUACCACCCGAUGUGUUCAUUUACGAAAGAACGUUGGAAAAAUUGUAUCUCGAUGCCAAUAGAAUAAAAGAUCUUCCCAGGCCGCUAUUUCAGUGCCACGAGUUGAGAAUGCUUUCGCUUAGCGAUAAUGACAUUACUACAUUACCACCCGCCAUAGCGUCGUUAAUCAACCUGGAACAUCUAGAUCUCAGCAAAAACAGUAUAAAAGAGUUACCAGACAGUAUAAAGGAAUGCAAGAGUCUUCGUUCCAUAGACAUUAGUGUCAAUCCUUUCGACCGUUUUCCGGACGCUAUAACGCAUAUUGUCGGAUUGCGUGAGCUCUACAUAAAUGACGCGUACAUAGAAUACCUGCCGGCUAAUUUCGGACGACUGUCAGGCUUGAGGACGCUCGAGUUGCGGGAGAACAACAUGAUGACGUUGCCUAAGAGUAUGAGCCGCUUGGUGAAUCUGCAGAGGCUCGACAUCGGCAACAAUGACUUCACGGAGCUACCUGAAGUCGUCGGGGAUCUCAUCAAUCUCACGGAGCUGUGGAUCGACGGCAACGAUAUCAGGCGCGUCCCGUCGAACGUCGAGCAGCUCUACCGCUUGAAUCACUUCGACUGCACGAUGAACGCGGUGCACGCGCUCCCGAUGGAGAUACGCGGCUGGCGGGACAUUUCGAUCAUGAAUCUGUCUUCGAACGAGAUGUACGAGCUGCCCGACACGCUCUGUUACCUGCGCACGAUCGUCACCCUCAAGAUCGACGACAAUCAAUUGAACGCACUGCCGAAUGACAUCGGCCAGAUGUCGAGCUUAGAGGAGCUUAUAAUCACUAAGAACUUUCUCGAGUACUUGCCGUCUUCGAUAGGCUUGCUGCGUAAGCUGCACUGUCUCAACGCGGACAAUAAUUAUCUGCGCGCGCUGCCGGCCGAGAUUGGCAGCUGCACGGCGCUGUCCUUGCUCUCCUUGCGAUCGAACAACUUGACGCGCGUGCCGCCCGAGCUGGGCCACCUGUCCUCGCUGCGGGUGCUCAAUCUCGUCAACAACGGCAUCAAGUUUUUACCGGUCUCCAUGCUGAAUCUCAGCAACCUGAAGGCGUUGUGGCUGAGCGACAAUCAGAGCCAACCGUUAGUGCCGUUGCAGCAGGAGUUCAAUUGCGAGGAGGAUAUGAUGGUGCUGAGCUGUUUCAUGCUACCUCAGAAGCCGCGGCAGGAUUUAGAGCAAAUGGCGCAGAACGCAGGACCGAUUUCGAGCUCGAUUAUCGGAACCGGCAAGAGGAUAUGUUUCGCUGCUGAGAUAGAUUCUGAGGUCCCCAGGCAACUUCAUCGAGCACCGACCCCUUACCCCAAGGAGCUGCGCAACCUCGCCAGGCACGCCCGUAAUCUGCAUCAUCAAUCCAUUCACGAUCAAAGAAGUACGUCUAUGUCUACAAUUUCGGUUGAUCGCACGGCGAAGAUCUGCAAGAGCAAUCGCUCGGCGAGCGAUUCCGGGGCGACGGAGCACUCAGUGUCCGAGGAGUCCUCCGACGAGGCGAACAAGACGGUGGUAGCGACGGAAAAGAGUCCGGACAUCCGAGAGGCUAAGUACAUUCGCAAUCCCACGUCCGAAUACAUCGCGAAGGCGCCGACAGUCGCCGAUUAUGUAAACUCUACGUGGAAGCCGGACGAGUACUCCAAGGCGAACACGGCGAGGAUAGUUGAGUCCGAGAAGUUUAUCGAGCCUUACAGGACGACGAUGCCCGUCGACGUGACGGACGGCAAGUACGGCGAGCAGACGCGGGUGACCGUCACGCCGAAACCCUGCGAUGUGCCGCCGGUUCCGCCACCGUAUCACAUCGCGGCGGCGUUCUCCAAGAAGGCCGCUCUCUUCCAGCAGUUUAACAACCCGACCGAGGCGGAUUCGCACUUGCCGCCACCUUCGUUGCCCUUCAACUCGCCCCCGAGUUCGCCCGGGGUGUUUCCGAACACGCCGAAGAACAUCGAUGAGAACGCGGAAUCGGUGAGAACCGAAGAGUGCGAGACGCCUGUGCGGGAGGACGACCGAACGGAUCUCGCCAAUUCAAGCGCGUCGACGGACGACGCGUCGAUGGAUCCUCGCGAGCAAACCACCGCGGAUCAAGCCUGCACGCCGAUCCCGGAUUCCUGCGCCGAUCCCGAACAGAACGAUCGGGCCCUCAAGCCAAGCAAAAUUCCUGUUCUCAAAACGAAACACAUGGAAAAUUCGAGUAUGAACGACACGAGCUCGAUCAAGAGUACCUCGGCCGAAGAGUACGACGCGGGUAGAACGUCGAACGCGUAUUCCAUACCGACGUCGCCAAUCACGGGGAAGAAGUACCGGAGCCCGUUGUCGACGCCGGUGAAACCGCUCGAUCGAUCGAGGAAGCUGACGAACGGAAACGUCACGAGUAGCAAUGCGUGCGACAACGCAAACUCGACCGACGCGUCGAAUGUCGGUCGAGCGAACGUCGCCGCUCCCGUUGAAACGAACAAAAUCGCUGAUGAAUUGAACGUCACGUCUCACACCACCGCUGUCGCUAAUUGUAAGAGCGAGAUGAAUUCUGGCCGAGACACGCCGAACAUGAAUACGAACGGCAAAUCAGUGAGCGAUGUCGACAGCUUUAAAGAGCAAAUGAGUCCCGCAUUUAAUGACAUGCUGAAUUCAGAGAGGAAGCCGAAACUCAGGUGGAUGUUCGGUCCUCAUAAAAACGCGAAUGUGCUGCCUGUUCAAGUGAGGAAGAAUCCAGGCCUCGGCUUCAGCAUAGCUGGCGGAGUGGCGGGUGCGGAGACCGGAAUAAUCGUGACGAAGGUGAAUCCGGAUGGACCGGCUCAGGGUACUCUUCGACCGGGGGACAAGAUCCUAGAGGUAGACGGCAUCGACUUUACCAAAUCAGAUCACAAUAACGCCGUUGCAGUUCUGCGUGCUACCGGCGCUGUUGUGUCUAUGAUGAUAAGUCGCCACCAAUGAUUGUAAGUUAUUCGAGGAAGAACAAAAAAACUUUUUCUAAUUCUUUUAGAUGAUAUAUGAUCGCUUUACAU